AUGAAUCGUAAUAUAAAUGAAANUGCUCUCACCAUCAAAGGCUCCUCCGCGGUCAUAAAUUUCCCUGAGCUUGCUUCUCUCUUCCCUCGUCCGGUGUCUUCUUCGCCGCAGGAUAUUCAGGCAGCCGCCGCUGAAGCAGCCGCCAUGGUGGUCGAAGGAAAAACGUCAGAGACAGAGACAGAGACUUCCUCGGAAGCACCGCCGCGGCCGUCAGAGUCGUCCGAGGAGGAGAGGCUGGAGGAGAUCGUGGAGUUGCCUAACAUCGAAGAGGGGAGGUACGACGGAAGCGUGACGUCACGUGAUGAUCUGGCUUACUCUGAGCCGUUGGAUUGUUGGGUGUAUCCUCCGGUUAUGGAUUUUUACGAAGAAAUCUCAGAGUUUAAUUUCGUGGAGUUAUGGAGCUUUCCUCCUCAUACGGAACUGAUUAAUUAAUCACUAAUUACGUUAGUUAAUUAUAUUGCUGUCAUAGAUAAUAAUUAUACCAUUUGUUUUUUUCGUAUGGGAUAGGUCGAUACGUAGUACUUGGCUAAGUUGUAACAU